AUGGACGUCGCCUACGAAACGCCGCCGCCAGCAGCUGCCAACUGGUUCACGAAUGCCCCGGACAGUGACGGUUGCCACCGCUCGCUGACCUCCCUCAUGGCCCCGCACAACAUCCUCAUCGUCGGCGCAGGCAUUGCCGGCAUUGCCUGUGCCCUCUCCCUCGCCAAAGAACUCACCCCCUUCGUGCCCGACCUCCAGAUCACCAUCUUCGAACGCCACGACGUGCUCUCCACCAGCGGCGGCGCCAUCAACCUCACCCCCGUCGCCCAGCGGCACCUCGACCGCCUCGGCGUGCUCGACGAGCUCAACCGCCUCGGCUCGGAGGGCGGCGCCGACGUCGACGCCAUUGAGCUAUACUCCACGCGCUCCGGCAAGUCGCUCGGCUCCAUCGACUUCACCGACCACCACGGCAACGGCUUCGGCGGCUACAAGGGCCGCCGCGUCAUGCGUAUCAUCCUCUCGCUGGCGAUGCUGGCCGUCGUCGAGCGCACCAAGAAUGUCCACCUCGCCUUCGGCAAGAAGCUCGUCCGCGUCGACGAGUCCGCCGAUCACGCCACCCUGCAUUUCGCGGAUGGCUCGUCGGCCACGGGCGACCUCGUACUCGGCUGUGAUGGCGUCCACUCCGCAACCCGCUCGCAGUUCGUCGCCCCCGACAACCCCUCCGAGUACACGGGCAUCUCGUUCGUGCAGACCGUCAUCGACGCCGACGCCCUCGACGCCCCCGUCCACUUCGCCGCCACCUCCAUGAACGUCUCCCGCUACGGCUCCCUCCUCGCCAGCUACUGCGACCGCGACCGCUCGCAGAUCUUCCUCUCCGCCAUCGUCCAUGCGCUUCGCGAUGAGAUGCGGCAGCGCUUCGGUCGCUCCGGGAUCCCCUGCGUCCGCGAGAUGACCUCCACACCGGCCGACUGGAUGCUCUACCCGGUGUACCAGGUGCGGCCGGGAGGCCGGUGGCACACCGAGCGCGUGCUGUUGCUCGGGGAUGCUGCUCAUGCUAUGCCCCCCCGCGACGAAUCCGCCGCAUACGCCCUCGACGACGCGAUCCUCUUCUCCCGCAUCCUCGCCAAACACCGCCACGAGCAUCUCCACGUCGCCUUCAAGGCGUACGAGGACCUCCGCCGCGACACCGUUACCUCGGCGUUCAAGGCGUCGCGCCGCAUGUGGGAGAAGAACCGCGACCUGGGGUACCUCGAGAGCCGGCUGAAGGAGUGGACGCUGCCGUUCUACCUCCGCAAUUCGCGCGAGGCGCGCGAGGCCGCGUGGGAGUUUGAUGCGACCAAGAUUAGUAUUCCGCUGCCGGCGGACGCGCAGACGACGUCGUCGUAUUCUACCGAUUCGUUUGAGAAGGAUUUCCGGGUGUAG